UCUUUCUUUUCUUAAUUCUCUUCCUUUCCGUUAAGAACAUAAUUCAUGUCUUUGCUUCUCAAUCAGCCCUCGAAGCUCUGCUUUCGAAGACCUGUGUUGGUGAGAUCCUCUCCUCAUCUCUCUAAUGCCCUCUCAUCGUUGAUGUUGCAAAGUCACUGUCAUGCUUAUGUCUUGAUCUGCGCUGAUCCAUGUAAAGUUCCCGGAAAAGUCAUCAUUAGGAGUUCUGGUCAUCGUUAUCACACUCCAGGCAAUUCUUUUGAAGAGUUGGUUAGAAAGUUGGAUGAGGAAUAUGAAAAGGAUGACAAGUUACGUAGAGAUUUGUAUACGGAAAUGGGAACGAUGGGACCAUCCAAUGGAUGGCUACCUACUUUGAAGGACGGCGUGUUGAGUCUCCGAGAAGUAAAUAUAAACAGUGUCACAGAUCCAAAACGCAUUUUGCUGCCUCCUCUUGUAACUCUGCCUUAUUGCCAAACCCAAUAUAUCACCAACGUGGCCAUGUCUUCGUCUUUCCCUGAAGUAGAGGACUGUGUUGUGGCUGUCAAGUUCUUGGGUCCUCAGCUCAGCUUUUGCAGACCGGCUCAAAGCAACUCCGAGUGGGUCAACGUCCGAAUGACAGACCCAUGCUUCUUCUCCUCCCCUGUCAUGUAUUCCAAGAAAGAUGACAUGUUUCGCAUAGCCGGCUCUGGAGGCCACCUCACCGGAUCAUGGGAUCUCCACAACCCUAGCAACAACCCAAAGUUGCAGAGCUUGCGGUUUCAAAACCUUCCCAAGCUGUCCGAGACAAAACGAGACCUUUUGGAUUCGUGCUCCACAAGCGAACACUUGGUGGAGUCAGUAACCACCGGUGAAACUUUCAUGGUUAAGUUGUACAGGAAGACCGCAGAGAUCGUCGAAGGUGUUCCGAGAAGGAAAACAGAAGCAAUAAUGGUGUUCAGGCUAGACGAAGAAGGAAACGCUGUUUACACUCAAGACAUCGGAGAUCAAAGCAUUUUCCUCACAAAUUCUGAAGCUUUCUGUGUCCCUUCUUCGAGCUCCAAUUCCUGCAUUCGUCGAUCUAACACGGUCGAAUUCUUCAAUGUCGACGAACAUGUCAGAUUUUUUAGGCUGGCAGAGCAAAAGUGGGAUUGGUAGAGGCACUACUCCAUCUCAAAAUAAUAAAAAUAAAAAAUAGUUUGGAAUUGAGUUCAGAGUCUAGAGUCUUUCAAACAUAAAAUCUAUUUUUUUUUUAUAUAAUC